AUGCCGGGCAUACUUCCGAUGAAAGUGAUCAAGGUGGGCUCCAAUGCGCAGAGUCGCAUUGCUCAAGCAUGCGACCGGUGUCGGAGCAAGAAAAUCCGUUGUGACGGCACGACGCCUUGUUGUACGCAAUGCGCAAACGUGGGCUUCAAAUGCAAAACUAGCGAUAAAUUGAGCCGGCGAGCAUUUCCACGAGGUUACACCGAGUCAUUGGAGGAGAGAGUGCGAGCUCUUGAAAGCGAGGUCCAGGAGUUGAAAGAUCUCUUAGACGCUAAGGACGAAAAGAUUGAUAUGCUGUCCCGCAUACACGCCCACUCUCCUAUAUUGCAUCGGCCAUCGAGCACAUUUUCAAACUCGACCAAUGCCACAUCUCUCACUAGCUUCGAAGACGCAAUCCAUCCAAAAGUGGAAGCUUCAGAUUCGCAAGACUCCGAAGUAUCUCCUGAUGAGGCGUCACAGACAACGUGCUCUGCAGCUGAUUCCAAUGGCAGCUCUUUCGUCGAUGAAUUCAAAGCCAAGACACAAGAGUGCGACAAAGAGUGCCCGACGUUCAAGACCCAGGUUUUUUUCAACAGCAGCACUCAACGCACCCCCAACUCGAAGCAUCAUCCCGGUGGAGGUCCGAAGGUAUUGUCUCGCAUGGAGUCUGAUAGGAUGGUCAACACUUUUUUCCAAGAAUGGUCUCCCCUUUUUCCCAUCCUCGAUCGCCAGGCUGUUCUCGAAAUCUACGAAAAUUACCUUACAGACCCCGAUGAGAUGAAAUCCCAACAAUCGAUAGCUCUGUUGAAUCUAUUGUUUGGUAUUGCGUCACUGUCCACUGAGGAUGACACCAUCGCUUUUGAAGUACACUGGCAGCCCGCGCUCGAAGCCAUCAUCAAAGACAUUAGUAUUCCUACUUUGCAAUGUGUUAUGCUUGCAAUCAUUCACUGUAUUGCAAAGCGAGACUAUGAGAAGCUCCCUAGAUAUAGAGCUUCUGCUGUCAAGCUCUCUCGUCGCCUAGGUCUUCAUCAGAGCCAGAAGCGAUCUUCCCUUUCAGAAUCAAUCACCGAAACACGAAAGCAGUUGUUCUGGACGCUCUACGUUCUUGACUCAUUCUCGGCCUCGCUACUCGGCCAGUCGCAGUCAUUCGAAGACGGAGACAUCACUUGCGAAUAUCCUGAAGGCGACGAAGACGGAAAUGCUGAAGUCAGCACUCCACUUUCAUUAAAGUCAGGCGAGACUCCUCGCCUCUCACGGGCGCCUGUUAUUGUCGGUGGUGCCCGUAUGCUGUCUCGAGUUUUGGACGAAAUGUAUCCGGUAGAUGCGCCACGCCGCCUUUCGCUGCAGACUAUCAGCGCUCUCAGCGGUGACCUUGACAAGUGGUGGGCGGAAGUCCCGUCACACCUGAAAUUGGAGUUUGUUCAGGACAAGCCGUGUACGAACAUUGUGGGAAGCAGAUCGCCUUUCAUAACCCUGGCUUACCACUACAUACGAACUCUAAUUCACCGUCCGCUCGCGAGUUGUAGCAUCUGUAACCAUAGAUCGAGCUCAAUAGUCGCUCUCGGAAGCUCCAGCAAGCGCAUCGUACAGAUUGUUGAACUUCUCGAAGAACGUCGACUGAGUUUCUCGUUCUGCCUCAACAAGAAUCACAUCAUGACCAUGGCUGGAUUUGGACUUCUGUUUCAAACACUUGAUUUUGAUCGUCAAGGCAAGUUACAUCAAGAUAGCGGACGACUCCUCCGCUCAGUCGUCUCGACCUUGGAUCGUAACAAAGCCCCCGGGGCCGCCGAAUUCAAGAAGGUCGUGACUGCGACAACCAAGAUUGACUUGGAAGUCAAGCCAGCGAAACCCUUUGUAAUAAACCGAAAUCAACGCCCGAAAUCAAAUGGAGAUAUGCCAGCGCCAAAACGCAAGACCAAGAACUUACAAAGGAGCCACGGGUCCGAGGGCAUGAUUUUUCACAAUACCACGACCAGUCCGCCAAUCAAACCUGAGGUCAAGGAUAGUCGUCGCUUCUCUACCACCUCUCUGCCAAUAUAUGAUCGUAAUUUCAACUAUCCGAGCAUGCUCAAUCUCGGCCCUGACUUUCUCUACACUCAUCCUCGGCCGGAAAAUGUGAUGGGAUCUCACUUACGGCGGCCCUCCGAAUCUCUACCGAAUCUUGAUUAUCUUGAUUUCAAUAAUGAGCCUCAGACCUCGUCUCAGACAAGUACGGGCAACACUCCGAAGAAUUGUGCCACCACACCUAUGAACUCGAUCCAUGACUUCGAGCAACCUCAAGCAGCACCGUACCUGCAGCCACCACAACAAGACGUUUUUUCAUAUUUAUCUGAACUUCCACCCAGCAUCUCCGAGGUUCCGCGAAGUAAGCCUUUUGAGUGGUGCGACGACAUAUGGAAGACUUCUUUAGAUAUGAAUGUGCCAGGAGCAACGAGCUUCACAGAGGAGGAACUCACUAGUGGGGAGGAAUUGAGCAGCUGCGGUGCAAGUGGACAUUUCGCCUUUGGAGCUUCUCCACAAGAACAUGGCUUUACGGGGGAGGAUGACUUGCAUGCAACACUUGGCUUGGGAAUAUGA